UUGUAAUGAAAAGUGUAUAAAAAUCACGACGCUAGUUUUUUAGAUUCAGUUUAUUUCUGUCAAAGUGUGCUGAAAGUUCUAAACAUUUUCCACCAUGAAGCUGCUGAUCCUCGUUUUUAUGUUCAUCGCCUUUGUGGCCAGUGCUGUGGCUCUGAAAAACGAAAUAUGUGGUCUGCCUCAUUCCAUUGAUGGUGAUAUCGAACGCAAAAUCUCCUGCGAGGCAUAUUUCCCGAGUUGGUCUUACGAUGCUGUUAAUAAUAAGUGUGUGGAAUUCAUCUACGGAGGCUGUGGUGGCAAUGAUAAUAGAUUUGGUUCCCAGAAAAGUUGUGAAGAAAAAUGUUUGCAAUAAGCUUGUAUGAAAAAUAAAAUUUAAUGUAUUAGAAA